GCAUUCCCCUUUAAGCCUCCAGUCCCACUGAAAGAUAGCCCAUUGUCUUAAGUCCACCCAUCUGUGGGGGUGGCUCUGCGAAAGUUUGCCGAAGAAGUUUUUAAGCUGUCACUGGCUGUCGGUAGGAGACAGAUGGAGGACGGAGGGGACAGAGACUCGUAAGCAAACGUUAACACCGACAUACAAACAAGCCAAUAAGACUGAGAAUGCAACAAAAACGCCCCGUGGAGGCAGACGAUGUUCAGGCCUAAAUUGGAAAAGUUUGUUGGGGCUGUCACAGUUUAAGUGCAUGGUCGCAACAAAGCCCAGAUGGAAAUCAUUUGAAUUGACAGUCGACGCGGUGUAAGAAAGGCAUUAAAUGCUUCUAAAACACAGGCUACCGUCCUGACAACAUGACCCGUUUGGACUGCGGGCGUCACGCCUUUGGACAAGGACUCUCCCCCAUUCACUUCUGCAUCGCACUUCUGAUGAUCCUGGAAAACUGCAGGACGUUGGGAUUAUCACAUGAACCAGAGAGAUUUCUGCAGAAUCUGCCUCAGUAUGAAGUGGUUCACCCCAUUAGAGUGGAUGCCAGAGGUCACUUCCUGUCCAACUUCCUGUCUCACCAUGCUCGCCGUGUACAGCGCAGGGAAGCCUCAGAGGGACCGGUGAACUUGGAUCGAGUCUUCUACCAGUUUAGGCAUGGCGGCUACAGCUUGCACUUUAACCUCACCCUCAACCCACACCUGCUGGCUCCGGGCUUCCUGACGGAGAGGAGGUAUGGUGGCCUCGAAGGGGCCCAGAUCCAUCCAUCCACCGGAUCCUUCCGGUGCCAUUUCUUAGGUGAUGUGUGGGAUCAGGACACUGUUAAAGGGAGCGCAGCCAUAAGCACCUGUGAUGGCCUGACAGGACUGUUCAAGUUGUCUGACGAAGAGUUUUUCAUUCAACCUGUGGAGAAAUCCAGUGACGAGUCCUCAGCACCACGAGCCCACGCCAUCUACAAACGUCACACGUCCUCUCCCCACUGGAGUCCAGUCGUACAGCCCAUCUCAGGGAACCAAGCUCUCAACGGCACCUGUGGAAUUAAAAAUUCCCAUCAAAGUUUUGAAGACAUUGAGAGACAGCGGGAGCGGUGGGAGCACCGCCAGCAGAGACGAAGGAGGAGAAUUCACCAACGCUCAGUCAGCAAAGAGAAGUGGGUGGAAACGCUGGUGGUGGCUGACCCUAAAAUGGUGGAGUAUCAUGGGAGCAAAGCUGUGGAAAGCUAUGUUCUCGCUGUCAUGAACAUUGUGGCAGGUCUGUUCCGAGAUGCCAGUAUUGGAAACGCAAUCAACAUUGUGGUUGUUCGACUCAUCCUACUGGAGCAGGAUGAGGACGACUUAAAGAUUACACACCAUGCUGACAACAGCCUGAACAGCUUCUGUAAGUGGCAGAAGAAACUCAACAUGAAAGGAGAAGAACACCCGCUGCACCAUGACGUGUCAGUUCUGCUCACCAGGAAGGACAUCUGUGCAUCCAUCAACAUGCCUUGUGAGACUCUGGGUCUGUCCCAUGUGGCUGGGAUGUGUCAGCCACAUCGCAGUUGCAGCAUCAGUGAGGACACCGGCCUCCCAUUGGCCUUCACUGUAGCUCAUGAGCUGGGACACAACUUUGGGAUUCAGCAUGAUGGCAACGGUAAUGACUGUGAACCCAUUGGGAAACGACCUUUCGUCAUGUCUCCACAGCUCCUGUACGGCACCUCCCUGCCCAGGUGGUCACGCUGCAGUCGCCAGUAUAUCACCCGCUUCUUGGAUCGUGGCUGGGGCUGGUGCCUUGAUGACGCUCCGGUGAAGGAGAAGCUGUCUCUGAACUCGGUGCUUCCCGGGGUUCUGUACAGCGCUGCCCAUCAGUGUCGGCUGCAGUAUGGAUCUGGAUCUCUGCUCUGUGAUGACAUGGACAAUGUAUGCAGCACUCUGUGGUGCACUGUGGGAACAACCUGCCACUCAAAGCUGGAUGGGGCUGUGGAUGGGACCAGUUGUGGUGAGGAUAAGUGGUGUUUCAGUGGAGAGUGUGUGGCAACCGGAUAUCAGCCAGAGAGUGUAAAUGGUGGCUGGGCAUCAUGGAGUGAGUGGUCGGGCUGUUCAAGGACGUGUGGGGCUGGAGUCCGAAGUGCCCACAGAGACUGUGAUAACCCAGUUCCAAAGUACGGAGGGAAGUAUUGUCUGGGAGAGCGACGGAGGUACAAGAUCUGUAACACCCCACCAUGUCCUAAUGACCUGCCCACCUUCAGAGACAUUCAGUGUAGUCACUUUAACACCAUGCCAUAUAAGGGAAAGUUUUACAAAUGGGAAGCAGUCAUCAACAGAGUCAGCCCUUGUGAACUGCACUGCCGUCCACUGAAUGAACAUUUCUCUGAAAAGAUGCGGGAUGCUGUGACCGAUGGGACACCGUGUUACGAAGGCAACAAAAGCAGAGAUAUGUGCAUCAAUGGCAUCUGUAAGAAUGUAGGCUGUGAUUAUUUGAUUGAGUCCAACGCUGUCGAGGAUCGCUGUGGGGUGUGUGAUGGUAACGGCUCCACCUGUACGACUGUGAGGAGAACAUUUGAGGAGAGUGAAGGACUUGGCUACGUAGACAUUGGACUGAUCCCAGAGGGAGCCUGGGGCAUCCGCAUUGAGGAGGUGGCUGAAGCCGGGAAUUUCUUGGCACUACGAAGUGACAACCCCAACAAGUAUUUUCUGAACGGCGGCUGGACGAUCCAGUGGAAUGGGGAGUACAAGGCAGCUGGAACAGUAUUCACCUAUGAGAGGACAGGACACCUGGAGAACCUGACGUCUCCUGGGCCCACCAUGGAACCACUGUGGAUUCAGCUUCUCUUUCAGGAGACCAAUCCAGGAGUUCGGUACGAGUACACAAUCAGUCAAAAUGUCUCACAGGGCAACGACAUCCCUGAGUCAGUUUUCUCCUGGAAAUAUGGUUCAUGGACUGAAUGCAGUGUUACCUGUGGAACAGGUGUUCAGAGGCAGAUUGUUCACUGUGUGGAAAAGACAACUGGGAUAGUGGAGGCGCACUUCUGUGACCCCUUAACCCGACCUGACAAUAACCAAACCAGCUGUAAUAAGGAUCCGUGUCCAGCCAUAUGGUGGGUUGGAGAGUGGCACAAAUGCUCAGCGAGCUGUGGGAGCUCAGGACAGACUAAAAGGACGGUGCUCUGCAUCCAGGCAGUAAGUGUUGAGGAGCAGAAAGCUCUGCAGCCCAGUGAAUGUGAACACAUGCUCAAACCUGAGUCGCUAUCCUCCUGCAACACACACAUCCCGUGCCCCGCUGACUGGACCACUGGCAGUUGGUCAAAGUGUUCACUGACUUGUGGAAGUGGAGUACGUCGCCGUAAUGUUACCUGCUCCAGAAACACAGGUGUUGACUGUGACCCCCAAAAGAAGCCCCUUGCUGUCACUACCUGCUACAUCCAGGACUGUCCACAAGUAGUGGAUAAUUUUGGUAUCGACUGGUCUGGAAGUGGCUGGUCGAGCAAAGAAGUGCUCAAUGAAAUUAACUCCAUACCUGACGUCAAACCUCCUCCCAAAUACAGCACCACCAGAGCCCAGCCAAGAAAUCAAAAUAACCUUAACAACAUUGUUGAGGGAGAUUUUCAUUACCACAACAACAUUGAGAAUAUUGAUCGCUCUCCGGAAAACAGUGUUCAAGUUGACGAUUUUUACUAUGACUAUAACUUUAUCAACUUCCAUGAAGACUUGUCAGAUGACUUUGAGGGUGAUGGAAAAGAUUCAGGGGACAGUCACAGAUUUAGUGCUCCACAGGAGGCCAAGCCAACCCGCAGUGUGAAAGAAAAUGCUUACAUGGAGAAUAAAGCUCCCACAGCUACUUCAGCUGUUUCUACAACUUCAAAGGCCACUGCCUACACUGUAAAAGCUGAAGAUCCAGAGAGCAGAAAUCUGGACAAUGUGAAGGACAAUGAAAAUGCAGCAACAAAGGAAUUUAUGCAAACAAAUUCCGAAAAUUUGGAUGACUUCCUUUCUGAGGAUUAUCUUCUGCCUGUGUCGACCAAUCGCUCACCGCCAUCUACAACUCAGCAUUCACAAACACUAAAAGAGAGACAUGACAAUCUGUGGCGGCCUGAAAACAUUAGCACAAUACCUGAUCUGAUUUUCACUACAAAGGAGCCAACGCAGGAUGUGAAAUGGGAGCAAUAUGGGAAGGAGGCUCAAAACAACUUUGAAAAUUUUACUGCAGAGGACAAUCCUACUGAGAAUGUCACUGUGACACCAAAACAUGCUGCUCCCACUCCUGGACAUGAAACCACUAUAGAUAAUUUUGUCUCUACAACAAUAAGUGCUCAGGAGACAAAAGGACAUGAUGAUUAUGAGUACAGUUACGAUGAAAAAAGUACACUUGUUCCCGACAUCUCUGCAGACCAAGAAGGUGAAGAGAGUCCAGAACCUCUAGGCUCUCCCACGCCAGGAACUAUAACUCAAGUUAAGACUGAAGUCCAACUGGACAAGAGUGUUUCAGAAAUACCUCAAACAACCAGUCAAUCAACAAUCUUUCCAACUACCUUCACAUUGGAGGAUUUGGACUUAGAUCAGACAGGAUAUGCCACUAGUCAGUACUCAUGGGAUACUGAUCCUGACCUCAGUACAACCUCACUUCCUGCCUCUGAGAGAUCCAGUCCUCUUCCCAUUCCCUUCGUGCCAAUCUCAGGUAACCAAGAGGCCUCUGAGGACUCCACAUCGUUUACUGGAACAGAAAUCAUACCUCCUACAAACCUGGAAGGAGCCACACAGCCUUCUCCAGCUGAUUUUCUGCCAGCUACAAUGGAACAGAUACCGACAAAACCUGCCUUCACUGAAAGAACUGGAACAGAUUCCACAUCCCAAUCUCCAUCAUUUGAUUUAGCUGAUUUUGACUACAAUGAAAUAGUCGUUCCCAUGAUGGUGAGAAGCAGUAGCAGUGACCCUGGGCCUUCACAUCAGCUUCCAACAAACACAGCAGCCGCUCCUAAACAUAGCACAACACCUGCUGUGCCCAGUUUGCCAACCAAUCAACCUAUUCUGUUGCCACUUCCAGUGCCAACAUCUGUCCAAACUUCAGCCUCCACACAUGUCACUACUGCUGCCUACUGGGUCACCGGAAACUGGAGCGCUUGCUCCACCAGCUGUGGUCUGGGUGCCAUCUGGAGAACUUUGGCUUGCAGCACUGGCUCAGACUCUGACUGUGAUCCAGCCAAGAGGCCAGCGCCAGCCCAGCGAUGUUACCUGCGCCCCUGCUCCACAUGGAAAGUUGAAGAAUGGAGUAAGUGCUCCAAGAAUUGUGAAGGUGGUGUUAAAUCACGAGAGGUCCAGUGUUUUGACAUGCGGGAUCAAAGACCCCUACGACCUUUCCACUGCAGGGCCAUGUCCUCCAGGCCACAAACCCAGAUUCCCUGUAACCUUCAGCCAUGUCUUGAGUGGUACUCCUCCUCCUGGGGUCAGUGCUCUGAGGUGUGUGGAGGGGGUGAGCAGCAGCGUAUAGUCGCCUGUCCAGAGGAGGAUCGAUGCAACAGGGACCUGCAGCCCAGCAACAUCCAAUCAUGUCAUAGUCAGUCUUGUACUCAGUGGCUUACUGGAUCUUGGGGACAGUGUUCAGCUUCCUGCGGCGGAGGAGUGCAGCGUCGGCUCAUCAAAUGUGUUAACACAAAGGCAGAUGAAGAAGUGGAUCAAGCUCAAUGUGACCAUGAGCCGCAGCCUGAGAGCCUCCAGAAGUGUAACCUACAGGAGUGUGAGCGCGCCCCCUCUGGAACACAAUGUGUUCGAGAUCGGCUAACGUUUCGCUUCUGUCAGACUCUCCGCUGGCUCGGCCGUUGCCACUUGCCCAACAUUCGAGCACAGUGCUGCAAAACCUGCAGCCAACGUUCCCGCUCCAGCAGCACGUCUCGCCGUUGAGGUGCAACAAAAUAAACACACGUCUCAUCAACAGGAAUACUGACUCGUCCGACGCCAAAACUCUGCAUGUUUGGGCUGGAGAAAUUAUUAUAGAGGGCUGAAAUUAAUUGGAAAUGUAACAAAGCAUAGCCUCAAAACAAUGAGAAUGUAAAUAUUUGUUUGCACUUUUUAUAUUAUACAGUUUUACCAUUUAUGGAUCAGGAUUUCUUUGUAACAGAUACGGUGCUACAUAAGGGGUUUCUCGUCAAUGUAGCCUGCUUAGUAAUGCUAUUACACUAUUACACAUGUAGAUAAACCACUCAUUAACCUUUAUGGUUGGUACAAUGCUUUCAUUUUUACUGACAGCAGCAGAAACUGAACAGAAUAAAACAAACAGGUAUACAAUUGUUUUGUGUGUUAUGAAUCAAAAAACUAAGUGGUGCAUAAAUGCUUGAUUGGACAUUUAAAAAUAAUUGACCGUUAGCUAAGCCCUGCCCCCCUUACUUACUAUUGCUACACCUGUACAGCUAAUAAUAAUAAUGCAGUGGCAGAAAACACAAAAUCAGACUUCUGGUUUGUAA